AUGUUGAUUGGCGAUGACCUUCUUUUGAAUAGCGAUAUGUUCCGACUCACUCAAUUCAAGACUGACACUACUUCCCAGCUUCCCAAGGAUGCCGUUGCCCUUCAUAGCGGAGACAAGGCUUACUUGUUCUACCUGAACUCUGAGAGAGAGCUCACCUAUCUCAGGAGAAUUGAGGAUGAGCAUGGCGACGAUAUCGUGGUCAAUGAGAAGCCCACGCAGAUCGCUGCCAUUAGACGGACGAACCCGGCGGCGUCAGCCAGUUGUGCAUCCGCGUCUACUACGUCCGCCAAGGGCAACCACAGCGAGGUCUGCUGGAGCAGUAAGGGCCCAAAGAGGCGGUUUCAGGGCUCUCUCGGCAUGAAGAACAAAGUCCCGCACUUGAUUGCCAAUGGCUCACCAAUUUCAGCCACAGCUUACAAGCGCCCAUCAACCGGCAGCACAAGGGUCCUUGGGGCUCUGAGCCAAUUAGCAACUCGAUCAACAGAUGGUAAGGAGAAGUAA